ACACACACCUGCGUCUGCGACCCAGGUUACACACAUGCUGUACACACACACACAUACAGUACAUACACACACCUGUGUCUGCAUCUCGUCUCACACCAUUCACUUGCUCUGAAAGUUGUUCACCAUAGCAAUGUUGUUUUGUAGUCUUCAGCUUUCAGUUUUCAUUCCAUUAUAUGACUGUGUAUAAUUCUGCCAUGUUGUUGAAGACCUGUUGACCUUCUCUCUGUAACCUGUGCCCUUUCCCAGGGUACUUUGGGAGGGAGUGUGUUGACGCGUGUCACCUCAACCCCUGCGAGCACGUGUCCACCUGCGUCCGCAAGCCUAGCUCCUCCCAUGGCUACACCUGCGAAUGUGGACAGAACUACUACGGACAGUACUGCGAAAACAAGUAAGACCUGGACCCUUUGUGGAAGUGCCUGUGUAAGUGUGUGCAUGUGUGGUUAUGUGUGUGUCCUGAUUUGGCUUCAUGUUUUCAUGUUAGCCUAAUCAACCUCUACUCCCUUACCUUCCUCUCUGUCUUUCACAAAUAUGCACCUCACCAUUCAUCUGACUGGGAACAGGAUCUACUUUUACCGUCCUUAACUCAAAACAGUCCUUCUCCAGCACCUGGUGUAAGCCUGCUGGGAAUGAACCCCAGAUGUGGCUGUUCCCAGGCCUGUGAUCUAAGCUCUCUGGGGGAUUUUUUAUCUUCCAAAACUGAUCCCAGAUCUGCCUUUGAUUAGAGCAGGAAUCUGGCGUGAGUGUCAGAGGCAGGAGCCAGAGGGUUAGAUGAAACCACUGUGUGUUGUUCUAGACAUUAACUGGUUCUUGUAACAAGUGUGUGGUGUGUAUGGUUUAAAUGCGAACGGGGUCUGUAGCGGGUGUGUGUGUGUGAGCGCGUGUGUGUGUGUUUUUGGCGAUAUAUAACGGUAAGCCGAGCCUCAGGCCAGCUUUAGCUAUAUUAGGUUCUGGCCAUAAAUGGCUUCUGUAGUACUGCAGUAGCCAGCAAAAUACUCCUGACUAUUCCUCUGGGUGGUAGAUUGUAUGUAAAUUCUUUACCCACUGACCUUUAACCCAAAUGUCACACAUCAUUUCCUGUCUAAGGCAGGAUGUGGGACUCCCUCAUGCUUCAGUGCUCCUCCAUAGGUGUUUGGUCUCCACCUGCACUGCUACUGACUAUCCUGCCCCUAUUAUAACCCCCUAUCUUACCCCUCCAUCAACUCAGAGAAAUUAAUGUGUUGGAGAGCGAGUGUUUGACUCACUCACUGUGUUGUGUCUCUCUACCAAGGGAUAGAAAGUUUAUACUAGAUUUGUGAUGCAGUUGAGUGCAUUUUUGUUGUUAAGUGAUAUUGUUAUAGCAUUCCAUUUCCAUUCAUGUGCUAAACUCAACUAAAUGUGUUGUUAUUGUGUGAUGUGUCAGGAUUGAGAAGCCGUGUGCUCGGGGCUGGUGGGGGAACCCCAUGUGUGGCCCCUGCAACUGUGACAUCGGCAAAGGGUUCAAUCCUGACUGUAACAAGACCAGCGGAGAGUGUCGCUGCAAGGUAAGAAGAUCAUCACUGGUACUCUUCUCACAGGCUAAUGCAGGGUUUCUCAAAUGUGUUUUGGACUCUCCUUAAGCCUUUUGAAUUUUCUGUGACCCUAAGAUGAAUCUAACUAUGUUUCCUCUUGAAGCCCCCCAAUUGUAAACUAUGACAAACCUAGUAGGAAUUGGACACAACUCACCAAUAGGUCCCAAAUCAACCAACCAUUCUUAAAACACUAGGCUGGUAGAUAAUACUGUAUGUUGUAGGCUUAGUUAGCUGAAGGUGCUAAUCGCUAACUUUCCCCCAUCUCUCUCCCCAGGAUAACUACUACCGGCCCAAGGAUGAGGACACCUGUUACCCCUGUGAGUGCUUCCCUCUAGGGGCCCACUCCCGUACUUGUGACCCCCACACCGGACAGUGCCCCUGUAAAGCCGGGGUCAUCGGACAACAGUGUAAUCGCUGUGACAACCCCUUCGCUGAGGUCACCGCCACCGGUUGCGAAGGUAUGUAUACACAUGGAAGGAAAUGGUGCACAUGCAAAUGUUUGAUACUCUUAAAUUCCUUCUUUGAUGUAAUCAUUGAUCUCACUCAAUUUGGAUUCAUGAAAGCAAGGAUUCCUCUUAUCCAGACAUGUCAGAUCAGUUAUAACGCCAAUGACAGGAGGAAGGAAGGAUUCAUCUUCAGAGUAUUUGAACAGAGCCUCUGCCUGUCUAUAGUCUGGUUCAAGGCCUUCCCUCUUUUAGAUACCAUAUCUGUCACCUAAGUGCUCCAACUGAACCUUGUGGCUACUGUAUAAAAGGUCUUCAAAGAGUUACAAUCAUGGUCAUUUCUUAGGAUAUAAGCACUUGGGUAUGUAUACAAUACAGCACAUGAUCAGACUGCAUUACUUAAAAAGCCAUAACAACACACAUACAAGUCUUAACCUGGUUUUGUUUAGGAUUAGGCUACUAAAUUAGAAAUCAUGUGAAUUUUUUAUUAACGUUGUGGAACCACUCUGUAGGAUUAUUGAUAUAAUUGCUGGCCUGUUUGGCUGUUUUGAAAGACUCGUAAGAGUUGUUAGCGGUAGUGUUUCUUGGGCGUGUUAGAUAUGUGUAAAACAGCCCAAGGCAGCCCUUGAUGCUCAAGGCAGAAGUUGUUCCUAGCCACAGAUCUAGGAUCAGAUUACACAUAACUCACUACCAACCAGAACCAUUAGGGGGAUCACAAAACAUCUGACCCUGUGUCAGUGGUUAGGGAUUAUAAAGACCACUUCUAACUGUGUGCCAUCUGUCCCCUCUCAUCUCUCAGUGGUGUACGAGGGCUGUCCCAAGGCCUUCGACCAAGGGAUCUGGUGGCCCAAGACCAAGUUUGGCCGUCCUGCAGCCAUGAACUGUCCCAAAGGAUCUAUCGGUGAGUUCCUCUGCACGCUACACAGCUCUUAUGAUAGCAGGAACAGUCACAAUAAUACUCAGCCCAAUUCGUACGGUUAUCAAAUGCUAUGGGUGGAGAAUGGAGAUUAUGUACUGUGGAGUCCCUUAGUUUAAGGCCUUCUGCUGUUCCUAACACCUCUUUCUGUGGAGGGAACUCAUUAACACAGCACACUAAUGAGGCCCUCUCAUUGGUCUAUCAGGGCCUUUUGAGACUUGUCAUUGGCCAAUGGUGUUUGUGAAACUCUGUCUCUGGAGGGCAGCAGCCGGAGACAGAGACAAACACUGGGCAUUGUGAAGAAGACUUGGCAACUUCUGCUUGGAGCCACAUUCAUAAAACCGCAGAGCCGUGUGUGUGUGCGCGGUGGGGUGGGCCUCCUGCUCCACAUAGAGCCUUAGCAGUAGAGACAAUAUGGGCAGGGCCAGGACGUAACAUCACUGACCUGCUCCCAUUAAACCACAGUAACCUCCCUAGUUACCCCCUUAGUUACCCUUGUCACCACGGAAACCCUUUGUUGCCCGCCAGACUCUCUUGGGCCGUUUUUAUUGGGUGACUCGGCUUGGCUCACAUCAACCAACGGUCCUCUGUCAGUUCUAACCGUAAACUCUUUUCUCUGUUGAACGCUUGUUUGGGAUGAAUGGUAAUGACGUUGGCAUUUAGAUUGUGCUUUUAUCUAAUUUAUUAUCUGAAGGAACUCCCCAUUUCCACCCAUGUGUAGCAGCCACCUGGUGCUAGGAAGAGACGGUUGAACUAUUUCUCACCCCCAAUAUUCCUCUUCUCCUCCUUUUUGUUUUUGCUUUUCUUACUGUUCAACUUGUUUCUUUUCUCACUGUAGGAACUGCUAUCCGCCACUGCAGUGAUGAAAAGGGCUGGCUGCCUCCUGAACUCUUUAACUGUACCACAGGCUCCUUCUCCCAGCUCAUGAAGAUGGUGGGUGUGCUCGAUCUUAUCCAGUCCAAGGCUAUGGCAUCCAUAGUUCACUCAUACAGAGACCUAUUCUAACUACAGAUGUGCAUAUACACAGCUCUUAUCUUGCAAAUCUCCCACUCAAAGAUUAUACAAAAUUCGGAGUCACUUAUGCAAAUCUAGAGUUCAGGGGUGAAAAUAAAAUGGUAUGGCGUCCUGGCAAAAUAAAUAGUGGGGGUACGCCUAAAUAGUGGGGGUACGCCAUACCGGUAAACCGUGAGCCUAUCACAAGUAACACAAAAUGCCUAAAAAAACUUUAGGCUAUUACACCAUUAUUUAACAUUACUGAAUGUCAGCCGCGUGAAAAAUGUGCGAAUUGCCAAAUUUUGUUGUGGUUCAACGAGAACACUUGUAUUUUGCCAAAGUGUAGAUGAAUGUUCAAGACGCGCGAGGACAAUGCACAAAUUAGUAGCUGAGACCGAGCAUGGCAGAUGAGUGGCCGAGUUAAUAACAGUGGACAUCAAUUCAGGCUACAAGUGUAGGCCAAAUGACAAUCGCAGAAUGUCAUUACAAUACAUGCAGGUGUUUUAUAACUGAUGUCUCUUUCCAUUCAUCAAAUUGUGGGUGCACAGUGCACUGUAGGGGUUUGGAUGCUGGAAUUAUUUUGUGAGUGGACAAACGUGCGCGGGUAGCCUACAGGAGCGCCAUUUUUAAGUGAUCAGAUGAAAACAUCAUGACUGGUUGUGUUUAUGCUACAUUAAAAGUCAUAGGUGGCAUGUCCAUAAGGCUAGGGGAAGCUAAGCUUUCCUUAAAGUAAAUUGAAUUAAAUUGCCAAUUAAAAAGCCUAAUUAGCUUACUUCUGUCUAUACAUAAAUAAAUAAAAUCAUUCAAAAUUGGCACUACACCAGAAAGCAUGACUUGGCCACAGAGGAUCAUUAGCUUAUGUUCUUUUGUAAAGCGGUGGACUGUUUUAAAUCACAUGGCCUACAGUCAGAAGGGCCCACAAUUGGGCAGCACACGCGGCAAAUACCAAAUAGAUGAUAGUUGAGUUGUGACUGUCAGUGAAAAGCAGAGAGACCCAGCCAGGCAUAUCAUAAUAUUUAAAAAUACAAUCGUGGAAAAACUGUUUGGAAAGCAAAUGGCUAUUGCUGUAAAGAGAUGACAAUGAAAAGACUCAAAUCUGUCUUUUAGUUACCAAAAUUCUCAACUUAUUGAGCGAACAGUAGCCUAUCUUAUUGGCACUAGCGGAGAACAUCGGCCAUAUCUCCGGUGAGUACACAUAUUCACUGUCUUUAUCAUUGCGUCAAUGCCACUUUUGUUUGUUUUUGGACAAUAAUUUCCUCCUCCAGGUUAGAUGGAUAUCAUAUUGUAUUUGUGUCUCCCCUUUUCGUAGGCCGAUUAUAUGGAUCUGACAACAUUGUUUUUAUUGAUCUGUUUGUCAAUGUCAGCCAAGUAGGCUACCCUGUAAUUUUUGUCGUAUUAAAAAAGUUUCUGUUAAUAUCACCAGUCAUAUAAAGUGUAGUAGAAUUGCAUGAAAUGUGUUUAUAAAAGGCCAACAAGAAAUGUUAUCUGAUAGGCCUAAAGCUUAUAUCCUAGGCCUAUUCUAAGCCACUACACGCUACAUUGAACAGUCUUUUUUGCGAACAGUGAUUGAGUUAUAUUAUUAGCCUAAAUUAUGACUAUUCAGUCUAAUCAUCACAUUAGGAAAAGUAGGUUGUCUCACGUAAGUCUGCAAAUGCGAGGAUGCAUGGAAUGCUUUAUUACAAAGGUGCAUGUUAAAAGGUAUUGCAUGUUAAAAGUGAUAUGACAAAUCUUUACUUGGCCCAGGCUACUAGGCCCACAGAGAUCAUAUAUGAAAGUAAUAGGUGCGCGUGCUUGGGUGUCCCAUACCGGUAAGAAAUGUGAUCUACUUUCACCCCUGGUUAGGAUUCAUCUAUUAGUACCAACCUAUCACAGACAGUCAAUAUAGUUGAAACUGUCUCCAGUAUCUGUCUGUAUCCUUGACCUCCUUCUCUUCCCCUCCGUCCCUCCAGAAUGAGGAGAUGCAUCGUAACGAGUCCAGGAUGGACGGCGAGCGCUCCAAAGCUAUCGUCCGCCUGCUCCACAACGCCACCAACCACACGGACAGUUACUACGGCAACGAUGUGAAGACAGCCUUCCAGCUGCUGACCAGGGUCCUCCAGUACGAGAGUCAGCAGACAGGCUUCGAUCUCACGGCCACGAGAGACGCAGAGUUCAACGAGGUCAGAGUUUGUUGUUGUUCAAAAAAACAAUGUUUGAAUACAACAUUGCAAAUAUGCUGACUGCAAACUGGCUAAUUGCAAUAUUCUUAUUUUUCUAAAGUUUUGUUUUGUAUGCAUAGUAUUUCUCUCAGGGACCAUGCACUACUUGUCUGUUGUGUCAGACAGCAGGGCAUUAGGUGCAUUACCAGUGCAUUAUUCAGGAGUAGCCGACUGGGUGGGUUCAGUUACACUGGGACAACUGGAGGAAUACUGCCCUCCACUGGCUUUCUCCCAAUUCCACUAACAGGGGGAAGCUGACCUGGCCAAUGUGAAUGCAGGUUGGAAUUUAUUUAGAUAACUAAUGUACUGGAGGCAGCUCUGGAGAGUGGUCACUAGCUGGCACAGCUACAAAGUCCAAUAAUCAGAUUUUAAACAUAGCCUUAACCACACUGCUGACCCUAAUGCCUAACCCUAACCUUAAAUGAAUCUUUACGAUAUAGACAAUUUUGACUUUGCAGCUGGCCCAUCUAGCGGAAACCGCUCAGUUCUGGCUCCAGGGAAAGACUCGUGACAAUAAACAUCAACCUGAGUGAUCUGAAAAGUCAUAGUCAAUCGAUCAAUAACAUAAUAAUACUAUUAGCAAAAAUGUUUAUUUUCAAUUCACAAUCUGUAGAAACAAUGAGAAUAGAAAGGUUCAGAACUUUUGUAAGACAUCACAGUACAGUUGAAAUAUAUAUGGCAAAUAGAAAUCCUAUAUGGAUGGUGUUAAAAGAUAGAUGGGAGGUGUUGAAUGGAAUUGAAGGAUGGGACUAAUAACAACUAACAACAACUAAUAACAAGAUAACUAAUAAUGUAGGCACGCUGUUUCCAUAAUAAGUGUAUGGGUUGUAGGUUGGGAGCUUUUGUGAAGGAGCACAGUUAGAAAGAUAUGGCAUAUAGCAGCAAACCGGAUGGACAUCAUGAAAAUGAUCGAAGAGGUUGAGAGUAGAAGAAGUUCAGGAGAAAGAACAAACAAAAUGUAAUUAUUGUAAAAUUGACUGUGUCCAUAAAAUGUAGAUACAGUGAGGGAAAAAUAUAUAUAUAUAUACAGUGAGGGAAAAAAGUAUUUGAUCCCCUGCUGAUUUUGUACAUUUGCCCACUGACAAAGACAUGAUCAGUCUAUAAUUUUAAUGGUAGGUUUAUUUGAACGGUGAGAGACAGAAUAACAACAAAAAAAUCCAGAAAAACGCAUGUUAAAAAUGUUAUAAAUUGAUUUUCAUUUUAAUGAGGGAAAUAAGUAUUUGACCCCUCUGCACAACAUGACUUAGUUCUUGGUGGCAAAACCCCUGUUGGCAAUCACAGAGGUCAGACAUUUCUUGUAGCUGGCCACUAGGUUUGCACACAUCUCAGGAGGGAUUUUGUUCCACUCCUCUUUGCAGAUCUUCUCCAAGUCAUUAAGGUUUCGAGGCUGACGUUUGGCAACUCGAACCUUCAGCUCCCUCCACAGAUUUUCUACGGGAUUAAGGUCUGGAGACUGGCUAGGCCACUCCAGGACCUUAAUGUGCUUCUUCUUGAGCCACUCCUUUGUUGCCUUGGCCGUGUGUUUUGGGUCAUUGUCAUGCUGGAAUACCCAUCCACGACCCAUUUUCAAUGCCCUGGCUGAGGGAAGGAGGUUCUCACCCAAUAUUUGACGGUACAUGGCCCCAUCCAUUGUCCCUUUGAUGCGGUGAAGUUGUCCUGUCCCUUUAGCAGAAAAACACCCCCAAAGCAUAAUGUUUCCAUCUCCAUGUUUGACGGUGGGGAUGGUGUUAUUGGGGUCAUAGGCAGCAUUCCUCCUCCUCCAAACACGGCGAGUUGAGUUGAUGCCAAAGAGCUCGAUUUUGGUCUCAUCUGACCACAACACUUUCACCCAGUUCUCCUCUGAAUCAUUCAGAUGUUCAUUGGCAAACUUCAGACGGCCCGGUAUAUAUGCUUUCUCGGCACGGUAUAUAUGCUUUCUUGAGCUGCAGGAUUUCAGUCCUUCACGGCAUAGUGUGUUACCAAUUGUUUUCUUGGUGACUAUGGUCCCAGUUGCCUUGAGAUCAUUGACAAGAUCCUCCCGUGUAGUUCUGGGCUGAUUCCUCACCGUUCUGAUGAUCAUUGCAACUCCACAAGGUGAGAUCUUGCAUGAAGCCCCAGGCCGGGGGAGACUGACAAAUCUUUUGUGUUUCUUCCAUUUGCGAAUAAUCGCACCAACUGUUGUCACCUUCUCACCAAGCUGCUUGGCGAUGGUCUUGUAGCCCAUUCCAGCCUUGUGUAGGUCUACAAUCUUGUCCCUGACAUCAUUGGAGAGCUCUUUGGUCUUGGCCAUGGUGGAGAGUUUGGAAUCUGAUUGAUUGAUUGCUUCUGUGGACAGGUGUCUUUUAUACAGGUAACAAGAUGAGAUUAGGAGCACUCCCUUUAAGAGUGUGCUCAUAAUCUCAGCACGUUACCUGUAUAAAAGACACCUGGGAGCCAGAAAUCUUUCUGAUUGAGAGGGGGUCAAAUACUUAUUUCCCUCAUUAAAAUGCAAAUCAAUUUGUAACAUUUUUGACAUGCGUUUUUCUGGAUUUUUGUUGUUGUUAUUCUGUCUCUCACUGUUCAAAUAAACCUACCAUUAAAAUUUGACUGAUCUUUUCUUUGUCAGUGGGCAAACGUACAAAAUCAGCAGGGGAUCAAAUACUUUUUUCCCUCACUAUAUGCACGCAUGACUGUAAGUUGCUUUGGAGAAAAGUGAUGCAGACAAUUACAUUGAUGGAAGUUACAAUCUAUCUGCAAUAUUAAGCUGAUCUACCCCCCCCCCCAAAAAAAAACCAUCAACCUGCAAUAUCAUUUCUAAUCUACAAAAAGCUGAGCUAUUUAACUUUAUAUUAUGGCAUUUCUCUUUAGUUUGUGAAAUUUUUAGGUCACUUAUCUUAUAUAGGCCUACGUGAGCAGGUAACUUCUGCUACUCCAGGACUUAAAAUGAGUUAGACAGGAGUGACAGAGUUCGAGCUGUGCCUGUAUUCCCCCAUAUUCAAAGUGACUUGUAGCGACUUACUGUCUGAUCAUCCUGCUCUGUAUUGUAAACCCUUCAGAACCUGGUGAGAGCGGGCAGUGCCAUCCUAGACCCUGGCACCAGAGACCACUGGGAGCAGAUCCAGCGCUCUGAGGGGGGCACCGCCCACCUGCUGCGCCACUUUGAGGAUUACACCAACACCCUGGCACAGAACAUGAGGAAGACCUACCUCAAACCAUUCACCAUCGUCACUGACAAUAUGAGUGAGUGAAGACACAUUUACAGACCAAUGAAGAGAUGAUUUCAGAGUCUAGGAGCAGAUUCCUAACUCCCUAACACAGAAUUUGAACAAAUCUUCCAUUGAUAAAUAGUCUCUGAGUGAACUGCAGUCAAGUUUUACUUCCAUUCAGUGCAAUUAUAAUAUAUCACCCUUAUUUGAUAAUGAGCUGGUCUUGAUGUGUAGUUCUUUCUCUCUCCUUAGUCAUUGUUGUUGAUUACCUGGACACGUCCGUCCCUGAGCAGGCCUCAUUCCCUCGCUUCCAUGUGAUCCAGGAGUACUACCCCAAAGAUCUCACGUCCUCUGUCCAUUUCCCACAGUUCAACACUAGGCCCCAGGAGGUCCCCAACAAAGGUACAGUUGUUUACAUUUACAUUUACAUUUACAUUUUAGUCAUUUAGCAGACGCUCUUAUCCAGAGCGACUUACAGGAGCAAUUAGGGUUAAGUGCCUUGCUCAAGGGCACAUUAACGUCAUUUAGCAGACGCUCUUAGCCAGAGCGACUCACAAAUUGGUGCGUUCACCCUAUAGCCAGUGGGAUAACCACUUUACAAUUGGGGGGGGGGGGGGGGGGGUUAGAAGGAUUCCUUUAUCCUAUCCCAGGUAUUCCUUAAAGAGGUGGGGUUUCAAAUGUCUCCGGAAGGUGGUGAGUGACUCCGCUGUCCUGGCGUCGUGAGGGAGCUUGUUCCACCAUUGGGGUGCCAGAGCAGCGAACAGUUUUGACUGGGCUGAGCGGGAACUAUGCUUCCGCAGAGGAAGGGGAGCCAGCAGGCCAGAGGUGGAUGAGCGCAAUGCCCUCGUUUGGGUGUAGGGACUGAUCAGAGCCUGAAGGUACAGAGGUGCCGUUCCCCUCACUGCUCCAUAGGCAAGCACCAUGGUCUUGUAGCGGAUGCGAGCUUCAACUGGAAGCCAGUGGAGUGUGCGGAGGAGGGGGGUGACGUGAGAGAACUUGGGAAGGUUGAACACCAGACGGGCUGCGGCAUUCUGGAUGAGUUGUAGGGGUUUAAUGGCACAGGCAGGGAGGCCAGCCAACAGCGAGUUGCAGUAGUCCAGACGGGAGAUGACAAGUGCCUGGAUUAGGACCUGUGCCGCUUCCUGUGUAAGGCAGGGUCGUACUCUCCGAAUGUUGUAGAGCAUGAACCUGCAGGAGCGGGUCACCGCCUUGAUGUUGGCGGAGAACGACAGGGUGUUGUCCAGGGUCACGCCUAGGCUCUUCGCACUCUGGGAGGAGGACACAGCGGAGUUGUCAACCGUGAUGGCGAGAUCAUGGAACGGGCAGUCCUUCCCCGGGAGGAAGAACAGCUCCGUCUUGCCAGGGUUCAGCUUGAGGUGGUGAUCCGUCAUCCAUACUGAUAUGUCUGCCAGACAUGCAGAGAUGCGAUUCGCCACCUGGACAGUUGUCUGCUCACCCUACCACUGGACUUGGAAUACUGCAAACUGUACAAACUCUUUUGGGCUGUAAUCCAUCAAAACCUUUGGGAUUUGUUGGUGACCUACCAAUUAAACAGAUCCAGUGCUUGUAGUCAAGCUUAAGCAGUCAUGUAACCCAGUCUCUUACCAAGACUCAAAAUUAAUCAGCCAUGAUUUGUAAUCGUAUUUAUUAAGGAUCCCCAUUAGCUGCUGCCAAGGCAGCAACUACUCUUCCUGGUGUCCAGCAAAAUUAAGGCAGUUAUAUACAAUAAGAAAAACAUUACAUUACAUUUCACAACAGAUUUCACAACACAUUAAGUGUGUGCCCUCAGGUCACUACUCUACUACCACAUAUCUACAACACAAAAUCCAGGUGUACGUGUGUGUAUGUUAUCAUGCGUGUGUAUGUGUGUGUCUGUGCCUGUGUGUGUGUCUCUUCACAGUCCCCGCUGUUCCAUAAGGUGUAUUUUUAUCCGUUUUUUUCAUCUGUAUUUUACUGCUUGCAUGGGUUACUUGAUGUGGAAUAGAGUUCCAUGUAGUCAUGGCUCUAUGUAGUACUGUGCACCUCCCAUAGUCUGUUCUGGACUUGGGGACUGUGAAGAGACCUCUGGUGGCAUGUCUUGUGGGGUAUGCAUGGGUGUCUGAGUGUGUGCUAGUAGUUUAAACAGACAGCUUGGUGCAUUCAACAUGUCAAUACUUCUCACAAAUUCAAGUAGUGAUGAAGUCAAUCUUUCCUCUACUUUGAGCCAGGAGAGAUAGACAACAAUAAUUGUUUCACCUCUUCCACACUCACUUUACGGAAUUCAAAAUUACAAUGCUUGUCUUUCAUCAUUUGGUCAGUUAUGCAUGGAUGUGUAUGUUCAGAAUUAGUUGUUGGCAUGUCAUGCCUAAGUUUGAUAAUCUUGCCAAAGAAAAAAACAUUAAAGUAGUUGGCAAUAUCAGUGGGUUUUGUGAUGAAUGAGCCAGCUGAUUCAAUGAAUGGUGGAGCCCAGUUCGCCUUUUUGCCCAAAAUUUUAUUUAAGGUGCUCCAAAGCUUUUCACUAUUAUUCUUUAUAUAAUUUAUCUGUGUUUCAUGCAUGUAGUAAGGACUUAAAUAGGUGUUCUAACUCUCUCACUCUCUCUCUCUCUCUCUCUCUCACUCUUACUCUCACUCUCACUCUCUAGUAGUCGAGCCUAGCCCCAGCGUCGAGCCCUCUCAGACCGACGCCCCUGAAGAGGAUCACACCCUAUCCAAUAAGAGACGCCGCCAUGUCGAGCCCGCUGCCCCCCUGCCUGUUGCCGUGGUGAUAGUGUUCAGGUCGUUGGGUCAGCUCCUCCCUGAGCGAUACGACCCGGACCGUAGGAGCCUCAGGUAACCAGUGCAAUGCUUUUCUACAUUUUACUACACUUUACUUCAAUCUUUCAUAAAAUCUGACAUAACCAGACACUGCCUUUAUCAAUUUCUAUGUAGCUAAUCUAGCCAUCAUAAUAAAGACAUAACAUAUGUCAUAAAUUACUCAAGCGUGGUAACAGAUAUGGCAACUGUAUUUGCGUUGGCACAAACCAUUGUUUACUUUAGGUCCGAUUAUUACCCUGGCAUACUGUGGGUGUUUGUCUCACAUGUCAUUGCCAUGCAGUCAGAAUCUUUCACUGUAUACAUUUGGACCACUCAAAACUCUAUAUAUGAUUAAAACAAAUCAUUUACAAUUGAAACAUACACAUAUAAGGCAGAGUUAAAUGUGGAACAGUUUGGUUGGUAUGUCAUAAUAUUUAGCCCCGUGUUUGUAUAUGAUAGCUGCUGCGCUGGUACUAGAAGGGCUCAGAAAGCACAAUUUGUCUGGUUGCCAAGCGACCACAACCAGCAGAGAAUGUAUAUUUUGGAACUCCCUAAAAGGAGUGUUUGCUUGAGUGCGCGCGGUCACACAUGCGUAAACAUUACUUCAAAAGUUAUCAAAAUGAGUGUGUCCAUUCAUCCUUGCUCAUAUGUAUAUGUGUUGUGUGUGUGUGUGUGUGAACAGGCUGCCCAACCGUCCAGUGAUCAACACCCCCAUAGUGAGCACGUUGGUGUACAGCGAGGGUUCUCCCCUCCCCUCUCCCCUUGACCCCCCCAUCACACUGGAGUACACACUACUGGAGACAGAAGAGAGGACCAAACCUGUGUGUGUGUUCUGGAAUCACUCCAUCGCGUGAGUACAUUUACAUUUGACAUUUUAGUCAUUUAGCAGACGCUCUUAUCCAGAGCGACUUACAGUUAGUGAGUACUACACACACACACACACACACACACACACACACAUGCACGCACGCACACACUCUUUACAUGGUAUUUAUUCUCUUUCCUCUGUGUGUGUGUGUGUGUGUGUGUGUGUGUGUGUGUGUAGGAUUGGUGGUACGGGAGGCUGGUCGUCUAAAGGAUGUGAGCUACUGCACAGGAACAACACACACAUCAGCUGUCAGUGUAACCACAUGACCAGCUUCGCUGUGCUCAUGGACAUCUCCAAGAGAGAGGUAGGCUCAAAGACAUAUACUGUACAUAGCUCUAAAUAGAGUUGUAAUUAUAUUGCUAUGGGCAGGCUACACUACAGCAGUAGUGUGUGUGUGUGUGUGUGGGUGGGAUAGUUAAAGUCCUCUCACUGUUUGCUGCUACCAAGUAUGAUUAUGAUCUUUAUUUGAGCUAGUUAUACAAUAAUGUAAUACAUAUCUCUCCCUCCUCUCUCUUUCCCCACUCUCUCUCUCUCUCUUUCUUACCCCUCUCCCCCUUUCUCCUCUCUUGCUCCCCCCUCCCUCUCCCUGCCCUCCCCCCAGCAUGGUGACGUGUUACCCCUAAAGAUUGUGACCUACACCACGGUGUCAGCCUCCCUGGUGGCCCUGCUCCUCACCUUCAUCCUGCUGGCUCUACUCAGGAAGCUACGCUCUAACCUCCACAGCAUCCACAGGAACCUGGUGGCGGCACUCUUCUUCUCCGAGCUCGUCUUCCUCAUCGGCAUCAACCAGACUGACAACCCAGUGAGAAACAUUUAACCUAUGAACCCUGACCUCUUACUCUGACCCUGACUUCUAUGACUCUAACCCUGACGAAUCCACCAGACAAAUAGAUAAACUGAACUAAGGAAGCCUAAUCGUGACCUCUAACCAUGACCAUGACCCUGACCUCUAACCCCUGAACUUUAACCUCUGACCCAUCAACAAGACUGAAAACCCAGUGACUGAAAAUUAAGGAACCCUGACCUAUAAACUCCUGAAAAUGACAUUGACCAUGCUUUAGCAGGGAUAGUUUGGAAUGUUUAGUAUUUGUGACUAUCUGGAUAUGAAUGAAAAAUAUCUUGGUUGUUUGGUAGCACUCCUGAUUCUUAAGCUUAAGUGUUAGAAGUACACUAGUGCCUCUGUUCUCUCUGCUUAGAGCACAGGUUACAUUUAAUUCUUUAAAUAUCACUUCUGUUAAUUAUGUUGAUUAUGGAGUCAUUUUGUUUACAAAUUGAAGGGAUCACCUGGGAUAACCCCAGGAAUACAGCCCUGCAGCCAUUUUCUCCCUGGCGUUAUGGGAAUUCAUCAUUGUUGUUGAGCUGAGAAAAGAGUCAUGCUCUACAACACUAUGGAAAGUCUUGUGUCUGCCUGCACAGGUUUCUAUUUUUGUUGAAAAUCAUAUUGCAAUGUUUAAAACACACAAACAACCCACGUACAUUAUACACACACACACAAACACACCUCCCCAGUCCCCCCACAUACACACUCCUCCCCAACAUAUACAGUAUUUUUCCUAUUCCUGUAGCGUGGUGUAUUUUCAGGUAGGAUAAGGGAUAAAGCAGGGAUUUGUGUUUCAGGUUCACUCCAGUUAGCGGUUUCUGGUAAAUUGCUGCUAUUGGUUUGCCUGGAGCCAUUCAGGUACUGGUGCUGACAGGAGCUUAGAGGGAUCGAUCCUACCUGAGAGGUUGUCUUUGUCUGCUAGAUUUUUCUAGAUUAUACAUCUGAUGCUUCACUAAUAGUGUUAGAGCAGGAAUUUACUGUACUGGAUGAGACUAACCAUUUCUCUGUUGUCUAAAAAUACAUUCCCUAUUUAAGACACUCUGAGAUGUCCGAUACUGUGUAUUCACAUAGCAUGUGAUUCCUUUACCUUGUAAGUGCAGUAUAAAGGUUUGCCUAUAAGCAAGUAAUCUAAUAGUGUAUUUUGACAUAAAAGUAAGUACAUUGAUGCAAUUUACUCUGAAAUGUAUUGCACAACACACACACACACACACACACACACACACACACACACACACACACACACACACACACAGACACACUAAUAGGCCUGCUGUCCCUCAAGGCCUGUGAUAAUAGAGACAUGCUGUUACUGGUGCCUAACUGUUUGAGCCUCAGGUCUGAGUCUGUCUUCAUAGACUGUUACUGUUCAAAUCAAAUUCAAAUCAACGUAUUUUAUAUCAGAAGCUUUACAGAUACCCAGCUUAAAACCUCAAAGAGCAAGCAAUGCAGAGGCAAAAGCACAUUGGCUAGGAAAAACUCCCUAGAAGGCAGUCCUCUUCUGGCUGUUCUGUUACAACAGUAGUAAUGAUCGACACUUACUCACUGACUCACCCUCUGUUUUUCCAAGUGCUUUUCUUAUUCUGAAGUUAGAAGCCUAGCCGUGUGUGUGUGUGUGUGUCAGUGCUGUGGAAUGCUGUUGUCAGUCACAGCCCUGUUAGAUUGAUGCCCUUCUGUUCUGUAGACUGGGAUCUAGCUCUAGUCCUCUCCCUCCCCUACCUGCUGGGGGAUUCCCAAGAACACUGCAUGGAACAAGGGAUGGAGGGAGAUAAAGAAAAGUAGAGCGAGAUGGAGGGAGGGAGAGAGACACUCAGGGCUAUACACUGAGUGUACAAAACAUUAAGAACACCUGCUCUUUCCAUGACAUAGACUGACCAGGUGAAUGCAGGUGAAAGCUAUGAUCCCUUAUUGAUGUCACUUGUUAAAUCCACUUCAAUCAGUGUAGAUGAAGGGGAGGAGACCGGUUAAAGAAGGAUUUUUAAGCCUUGAGACAUGGAUUGUGUAUGUGUGCCAUUCAGAGAGUGAAUGGGCAAGACAUAACUCUAUUAGGAAGGUGUUCUUAAUGUUUUGUACCCUCAGUGUAGUGUGACCAGUGCUGAAGAAUGGAACUUGGAACUUGGAUUAGUGGUUCUCAAUGUGAUUGAAAUGGAUGUCCCUCGUUAUCUCUAACCUUGUCCCUCUGUGACUCUCUGUCUGUAGUUUGUGUGUACGGUGAUCGCCAUCUUGCUCCACUACUUCUACAUGUGUACGUUUGCCUGGAUGUUUGUGGAGGGCCUCCACAUCUACCGCAUGCUGACGGAGGUCAGGAACAUCAACCACGGUCAAAUGAGAUUCUACUACGCCAUGGGCUGGGGCAUACCUGCAAUCAUCACAGGUGAGGAAACACACACACAUAACGAAUGCACACACAGAUGCACACGCGGACAGACGGAUGGGCACUCACGCACUCACACACACACACACUUAAACUCAGUCACCCCAAUCCCAGGUAAACAAACCUAGUCACACCUACGAGUCAGAAGCCAUCUUGUCUGUCUUCUGCCGUACACCGACUCGCCUGUCUCUCCUUGAGGAACCUUUGAUCCCUGUGGGAAACCUGGUGGAGAGAGAGGGAGAAAGAGAGAGAGAGAGGGAGAGAGAGAGGAAGAGAGCAGUAGGAAAAGCCAGAUAAUAUGAGGGAGAGAGCAGAGAGAGAGAGGAAGCAGGAGAGAGAGGAGAAGCGAGCAGAAGAGAGGAAGAGGUGGAAAGAGAGAGGGAGAGAGAGACAUCCUGAAGUCUCUGUCCAGUAGUAGUCUCUAGUGCUAUAUAUCAUCUCCUGUCCUGAAGACUUCCUGUAGGUGAUUAGACCUGUGUCUGCUGAUGCCAGUCGGCCCAUAAUGGUAUCACCUUCCACCCUGGCAAACGCACAAAGCCUGGGGAGAGAAUAAGUCCCUAACCCAGCCCAGCUCCUCUCUUCUCUCAUGGAUAAUACCAGUGUAGAUCAGCUUACACCGUUGUGCACUAGAGUGAGGUGUUUUAUGAAGCCUCUGUGUAUAUCUAUGGAUUUGAAUAAAGAAAGAAAGCCUGCACACGGUAGACGCUGUUCCGACAUGCUUUGCUUGACCUGCAACAUCAUCUGUGGAUGAACCAUGCACAGGCUUUCUAGCCUUUCUCUGCUAUUCUCUUCUCCCAUCAAUAAUAGCCUGAUGCAUCUACUUACAUUGUUGUUUAGUGGGGUUUCUAAUAGGUGUGAAUGUAUUAUUGGCCCAGUACAGGUGAUGCUCAUACUUUACAGUAGGCCUACAGCUAACACAGUCUUGAUAUGUUUCUCUGGUUCUCCCCUCCUCAGGUCUGGCAGUGGGUCUUGACCCUCAGGGCUAUGGGAACCCAGACUUCUGCUGGCUCUCUGUCCACGACACUCUCAUCUGGAGCUUCGCAGGACCCAUCUCUGUAGUCGUCCUGGUGAGUGCCUGAGAUAAAUGGUGCUAAUAGCGAUAGAUUAAUACUUACUUUUACAUGAUUAUUUUCAAUGUUACAUUCUUCUCUUUCUUUCUUUCUUUCUCUGCUCGUUCUUCUCUCCUUGCCCUUUUCUUUUCUUUUUGUCCUUCCUUUGCUCUCUCUCUCUCUCUCUCUCUCUCUCGCGCUCUCUUUCUCUGUCUCUCUCUCUCUUUGUCUCUCUCUCUCUCUCUCUCUCUCUCUCUCUCUCUCUCUCUCUCUCUCUCUCUCUCUCUCUCUCUCUCUCUAAUUCCUUAGCAAAUGCCAUGCCUGUGUUAGUGAGUGAUUUGCAAUUAGAGGUCUUGAGUGUAUCUGUAGUUGACUGUAAGUUAAUUUAUCAUGUUGUCUGCCAUGGUACUAAUGCUUGUCUCUGUCUCUCUCCUCUCUCUCAGGUCAAUAUCGUCAUCUUUGUACUGGCAGCUAAGGCAUCCUGUGGACGCAGGCAGAGGUCCUUCGAGAAGUCUGGAGCCAUGUAAGUAUUAUUACACACGCAGGCACAUACGCACGCAUGCACACACGCUUGAGAUUAAGGAUAUCAAAGGCCAUUCUCUACAUUCUAUUGUGGAGCUACGCCUAUGUUACAUUAACCAUCUUACUAGGACUUACAUGUGUGUCUGUGGAUGCGCGACUGUGUGGGUGUGCGUCCAUGCGUGUAUGUAUGAGUGUGUGCAUGUGUGUGUGUCAAGAGUUGCUGUAGGUAGGUGUGGUGUGGAAUCAGGCGCAGGACGCAGAAGUUAAGUCCAACAAAGACUUUAGUAGAUCACACAAAAUAUAAUCCAAAAACAGCCCGGAGGCGAGAAAAGCGCGCACAGGCGUAAACAAACGGGCGCACUAAACAUGUGCGUAAUCUUCUCCUUAAAACAAACAAGGAGGUAAGCUACAAAAUAGCGCACCAAAACAGGUAGCGCAGCAACACGACAAGGAACAAUUACACACAACACCUAAACUAACAACAAGGAACUAAAUAGGGUGCUUAAUGAGACCUAACACAAAACAGGUGUGACAAACAGACAAAACCAAUCAAACAAGAAACAUAGAACGGUGGCAGCUAGUACUCCGGAGACGACGACCGCCGAAACCUGCCCGAACAAGGAGGAGGGGCCGCCUCGGCCGAAACCGUGACAGUACCCCCCCCCUUGACGCGCGGCUCCAGCCGUGCGCCGCCCCCCGCCUCGGGGACGACCAGGAGGACGCGGAGCAGGGCGCGUAGGAUGACCACGAUGGAAUUCGGUCAGCAGGGACGGAUCCAGAAUGUCCCUCCUCGGCACCCAGCACCGCUCCUCCGGACCGUACCCCUCCCACUCCACGAGAUAUUGGAGACCCCCCAUCCGGCGUCUCGAAUCCAGGAUGGUCCGAACAGUGUAUGCCGGAGCCCCCUCGAUGUCCAACGGGGGCGGAGGAGUCUCCUCUAUCUCAAAAUCCUGGAGUGGACCAGCUACCACCGGCCUGAGGAGAGACACAUGGAACGAGGGGUUAAUAUUCUUGUAAUCAAUGGGCAGUUGUAACCUGUAACACACCUCGUUCAAUCUCCUCAGGACUUUAAAAGGCCCCACAAACCGCCGACCCAGCUUCCGGCAGGGCAGGCGGAGGGGCAGGUUUCUGGUUGAGAGCCAGACUCGAUCUCCAGGUGCGUACACUGGCCCCUCACUGCGGUGUAGGUCGGCGCUCGUCUUCUGUCGACGGAUGGCUCGCUGCAGAUGGACGUGUGCAGCGUUCCACGUCUCCUCCGAGCGCCGCACCCACUCAUCCACAGCAGGGGCCUCGAUCUGGCUCUCAUGCCAAGGUGCCAGAACCGGCUGGUACCCUAACACACACUGGAAAGGGGUUAGUCUAGUGGAGGAGUGGCGGAGAGAGUUCUGUGCCAUCUCGGCCCAGGGCACAUAUCUCGCCCACUCCUCCGGCCGGCCCUGACAAUAUGACCUCAGAAACCUACCCACAUCCUGGUUGACUCGUUCGACCUGCCCAUUACUCUCCGGGUGGUAACCCGAGGUAAGGCUCACCGAGACCCCCAACCGUUCCAUAAAGGCUCUCCAGACUCUGGAGGUAAACUGGGGGCCUCGAUCGGACACUAUAUCCUCGGGUACCCCGUAAUGCCGGAAGACGUGAGUAAAUAGAGCCUCAGCGGUCUGUAGGGCAGUAAGAAGACCCGGCAUGGGAAGGAGACGACAGGCCUUCGAGAACCGAUCCACAACGACCAGGAUGGUGGUAUUCCCUCGUGAGGAGGGAAGGUCGGUAACAAAAUCCACCGAGAGGUGAGACCAGGGUCGUUGUGGAAUGGGCAGGGGUUGUAAUUUACCCCUGGGCAAGUGUCUGGGCGCCUUACACUGGGCACACACUGAGCAGGAGGAGACAUAAACCCUCACAUCCCUGGCUAACGUUGGCCACCAGUAUUUUGUACUAAGGCAGUGCACUGUCCGGCCAAUACCUGGAUAUCCAGAGGAGGGUGACGUGUGAGCCCAAUAAAUCAGCCGAUCCCGGACCUCGAGCGGGACGUACGUCCGACCCACCGGACACUGUGGAGGGCUAGGGUCGGUGCGUAAUGCCCGCUCGAUCUCCGCAUCGACCUCCCACACCACCGGUGCCACCAGACAAGACUCCGGUAGUAUGGGAAUGGGCUCCACGCACCUCUCCUCCGUGUCAUACCGCCGAGACAGGGCAUCUGCCUUCCCGUUCUGGGACCCAGGGAUGUAAGUGAUCUUGAACACAAACCGGGCGAGAAACAUAGUCCAUCGAGCCUGGCGAGGAUUCAGUCUCCUAGCUGCCCGAAUGUAUUCCAGGUUACGGUGGUCGGUCAGAAUGAGGAAAGGGUGUUGAGCCCCCUCAAGCCAAUGCCUCCACACCUUUAGGGCCUGUACUACGGCUAACAGCUCCCUGUCCCCUACGUCAUAAUUCCGCUCCGCCGGACUGAGCUUUUUAGAAUAAAAAGCACAGGGGCGGAGCUUAGGUGGUGUGCCGGACCGUUGUGAAAGAACUGCCCCGAUACCGGCCUCAGACGCGUCUACCUCUACUUGGAAGGGUAAAGUGGGAUCCGGGUGCGCCAGCACUGGAGCCGAGGUAAACAGGUCCUUCAGUCUCCCAAAAGCCCUGUCCGCCUCAGCCGACCACCGCAAGCGCACCGGACCCCCCUUCAGAAGAGACGUUAUGGGAGCUGCCACCUGUCCAAAACCCCGGAUAAACCUCCGGUAGUAAUUCGCAAAACCCAAGAACCGCUGCACCUCUUUAACCGUAGUUGGGGUUUGCCAAUUACGCACGGCAGACACCCGGUCAACCUCCAUUCUCACCCCUGACGCAGACAACUGGUAACCCAAAAAGGAGACUGACUCCUGGAAGAACAGACAUUUCUCGGCUUUGACAUACAGGUCAUGCUCCAACAGUCUCCUCAGUACCCUGCGCACCAGGGCUACAUGCUCGGCCCGAGUAGAACUGUACACAAGAAUAUCAUCUAUGUACACCACUACUCCCUGCGCCUGCAUGUCCCGGAAAAUCUCAUCUACAAAAGAUUGGAAGACUGAUGGAGCAUUCAUUAAACCAUAUGGCAUGACGAGAGACUCGUAAUGGCCGGAGGUAGUACUAAAUGCUGUCUUCCACUCAUCGCCCUCCCUAAUGCGCACCAAGUUAUAUGCGCUCCUGAGGUCCAAUUUUGUGAAGAACCGUGCCCCGUGUAAGGACUCCGUCAUGGUCGCAAUCAGCGGGAGUGGAUAACUAUAUUUCACAGUCACCUGAUUGAGACCGCGGUAAUCAAUACACGGACGCAAACCUCCAUCCUUUUUCUUCACAAAAAAGAAGCUCGAGGACGCGGGAGAAGUGGAGGACCGUAUGUAUCCCUGUCUCAGAGACUCGGCAAUGUAUGUCUCCAUUGCCCUUUUCUCCUCCUGUGACAAAGGAUACACAUGGCUCCGCGGGAGCGCAGCUCCUGCCUGGAGGUCUAUCGCACAAUCUCCCUGUCUAUGAGGCGGCAACCGUGCCGCUCUUGUUUUACUAAACACGAGUGCCAAAUCCUCAUACUCAGGCGGAAUGUGCAGUGCUGGCAUCUGGUUCGGACUCUCCACCGAGGUCGCCCCUACGGAAACACCCAGACAUAGCCCCUCACACUGAGCAGACCACCCUUUAAGAGCCUUCUCUCGCCACGAAAUCGUAGGAUCAUGGGUAAUCAACCAGGGAAGCCCCAGUACCACCGGAUACGCAGGAGAGUCGAUCAGAUAGAGUUGAAUCGUCUCCUCAUGACCGUCCUGCGUCAUCAUCCUAAGUGGCGCCGUGACCUCCCUAAUCAACCCAGAUCCUAACGGACGACUAUCUAGGGCAUGUACAGGGAAAGGCUUAUCGACCGGAAGGAGGGGAAUCCCUAACUCAACACAGAAUUUACGAUCUACAAAAUUCCCAGCUGCGCCUGAAUCGACUAGCGCCUUAUGCUGGGAACGAGGUGCAACCUGUGGGAAACAAACAGGUAAUGUUAUGUGUACGACAGAAAGCUCUGGGUAAGUAGGGCGCCUACUCACCUGGGAGGACUCCCCAAUGUGUGACCUGCCAUCUCCCUCACCAGGGGACCCUCCCCAGCACCUAGCCGCGGUGUGCCCUCCGCGACCACAGUUGGUGCAGGAGACUGCCCCCCUCGGGCUCCUUCUACUCCUCCCUCUAGCGCCAGCACCUCCAAGCUCCAUCGGGCUCGGCUCGGAGGCGCUGGAGGGUAGAAUGGGCGGCCCCCACCUGGGACGUCCGCGGGUCGCGAGCAGGGUGUCCAGCCGAAUGGCCAUGUCCACCAACUGGUCAAAUGUUAGUGUAGUAUCCCUGCACGCUAACUCUCUGCGGACGUCCUCCCGAAGGCUGCAUCUAAAGUGGUCUAUGAGGGCCCGCUCAUUCCACCCUGCAUCUGCCGCUAGAGUCCGGAACUCCAGCGCAAACUCUUGAGCGCUCCUCAUCCCCUGUCGGAGGUAGAAUAGACGCUCCCCCGCCGCCUUCCCUUCUGGUGGAUGGUCGAAGACCGCACGGAAGCGGCGGGAGAACUCUGCAUAGGUGACUGUGGCGGCGUCUAUUCCCCUCCAUUCGGCGUUGGCCCACUCCAACGCCUUGCCGGUGAGACAGGAGAUGAGGGCGGAAACGCUCUCGUAUCCCGAGGGCGCCGGGUGUAUGGUGGCAAGGUAGAGCUCCACCUGUAACAGGAACCCCUGACACCCGGCAGCGGUGCCGUCGUACGCCCUCGGGAGCGAGAGCCGAAUCCCACUGGGUUCCGGUUGUUGGACGGGCGGGUUGACCGAAGGUGAUGGUGCGGUAGGUGGAGGUGUGGGUACAUCGCUGGUCUCCCAACGAUGGAGAAUGUUCAUCACCCGGUCCAAAGCGUGCCCGAUCUGAUUAAUCCGAUCAUCUUGACCUCGGAGACGCUCCUCCAUGAUGUCGGUGGGUGCUCCUGCUGAUUCCAUUCGAUGGUGUGUAAUUCUGUCAAGAGUUGCUGUAGGUAGGUGUGGUGUGGAAUCAGGCGCAGGACGCAGAAGUUAAGUCCAACAAAGACUUUAGUAGAUCACACAAAAUAUAAUCCAAAAACAGCCCGGAGGCGAGAAAAGCGCGCACAGGCGUAAACAAACGGGCGCACUAAACAUGUGCGUAAUCUUCUCCUUAAAACAAACAAGGAGGUAAGCUACAAAAUAGCGCACCAAAACAGGUAGCGCAGCAACACGACAAGGAACAAUUACACACAACACCUAAACUAACCUAACAACAAGGAACUAAAUAGGGUGCUUAAUGAGACCUAACACAAAACAGGUGUGACAAACAGACAAAACCAAUCAAACAAGAAACAUAGAACGGUGGCAGCUAGUACUCCGGAGACGACGACCGCCGAAACCUGCCCGAACAAGGAGGAGGGGCCGCCUCGGCCGAAACCGUGACAGUGUGUUAUGUUGUGUGUGUGCAUACAUGCGGGUGACUGUGUGUUUGUGUGUGUUAUAAUCUGAGUCUCUCCGUCUACCUCCCUCCCCCUACAUAGUCCUGCUCUGAGGAUGGCCUUCAUGCUCCUAUUGCUCAUCAGCGCCACCUGGCUGUUGGGCCUCAUGGCCGUCAACAGUGAUGUCAUGACCUUUCACUACCUGUUCGCCAUCUUCAGUUGUCUGCAGGUGAGGGGUCAGGGACAGGGCUCAGGGUUAAAGGUCACGGGUCAGGCUGUACAGUCCACUAUCAUUCACUAGACUCUAGAAGCUAAAACUCAGCCUUACUGUACACCAGUGAUCACCAGCCGUGACAAAAUCCAUUCUCUUCACUGAUAUUAGGCCAGGGCCUGCAUUCAUAAAGCGUCUCAGAGUAGGCGUACUGAUCUACGAUCAGUUUUGCCUUUUAGAUAAUAUUGAAUAAGAUUACAUUGCCAGGGGAGACCUGAUCCUAGAUCAGCACUCUACUCUGAGACAAUUUAUGAAUGCAGGCCCUGGCCUAAUAUCAUUGAAGAGAAUGGAUUUUGUAAAGGCUUUGACUGACCCUCUCUCUCCGUCUCCUUAUAGGGCAUCAUCAUCUUCUUCUUCCAUGUGAUCUUUAAUAAAGAAGUGAGGAAGAAUCUGAAGAAUGUCUUUACUGGGAAGAGGGCUUUACCGGAUGAGUCCAGCACUACCAGAGCAUCUCUACUCACUGUAAGUAUACACACGGAUAAACACACACACAUAAGGAGAUAAACAGAUAUCUUUACUGUCUAGUACUGACUGGUUUCUUUCUCCCCCAUCCCCCCCCCCCUCUCCCACCCUCCUUCCAACCAAUCCCCCCUCCCUCCAGCGGUCUCUGAACUGUAACACCACGUACACUGAGGACGGUCCUCUGUACAGGUCAGCCAUUGGGGAGUCCACUGUUUCCCUGGAGAGUACCGUCAGGUCAGCCAAAAGCCACAGCAGCUACCUCGCUUACACACUCAGGUAACACGGUGGCUGCCGCAUGGCUAUGGCAAUGGCAAAACUGUCUGUCCUUUCUCAGUCUGGAUCUCUCUUUUUUUCUCUGUUACUCUUUUGAUCUCUGAGCCAUCUCUCUCUCUCUCUCUCGCUCUCUCUCACUGCGUGACUAGCUCAACCACACUAACCCUUGUAGCAGCCCCCCUCCACAGCAUCUCUGAGCUCUGUCUCUCUCUCUCUCUCUCUCUCUCUCUCUCUCUCUCUCUCUCUCUCUCUCUCUCUCUCUCUCUCUCUCACUCACUCACUCACUCACUCACUCACUCACUCACUCACUCUCUCUCUCUCUCUCACUCUCUCUCUCUCUCUCUCUCUCUCUCUCUCUUGCUCUCUCUCUCUGUGGUUUUGUGACUGUUUUUCUACCUUUCUGAAUAUGAUUUCACGCGCAUGCAGGCAAAGCAUGGCUCAGCAUAACACAGCAGUUUGUCAAACACGCAAGCAUACAAAAAGAGACGACACACAAACACACACACACACACACACACACACACACACACACACACACACACACAUACACAGGUCAACAAGGGCUAAGCUCAGUGGGUGGGGAGUGUCUGGCUGGAGGGGGAGGCAUAUACAGUACCUGGUAGAAUAUUUCAGACACACACAGCUGGCUUUUGUUGGUUAGGCUCCAGCCCCAGCAAGCCUAACUCUUAGAUCAGAAAGCAUCAGACAGGUUAGCUACAGUACAGUAUUGCUGUAGGCCCUCUGGCUAAUGUCUAAAUCUAUAAGAGUUUGGAAAAGUUAUUACUCUUACAUUAUGUUCAGGGAAAAGAGACAAAAUGGGGGGAAAUUCCACUUCAUCCAUUGCCCAGGUGAAGUUCGUCAUCAGUUCUUCUGCAGCUCUAUAGUAAGUUCAAUGUGAUUACACCUAGCUGUGUAACUAACCUGUGUUUGGCCUUCUCUCUGAUGUAGGGGUGACUCUGGUCAGAAGCCCAGUGUGUCGUCGGGGACAGCUAAAGCAGGACACACUGACCUGGACGGAUCUCUGUUCCACAGGAACGGCACUAAAGGAGGAGACGGUAAGCCAUAUCAUGAUCUGAUUCAAACUCCAUCAAACUGUCCUUUUUAUAAGAGUAGAUGGAGAUGGUGUGUGGUCUUCACAGCAGUGAGCUGUGUGUCUGUAUAAUGUAUUCAUGUGUUGCUCUUUCUCUCUUUUUGUCUUUUGGUCUCCCUCUCUCUCUUUCUCUCUCUCAGACUCGGACUCGGACAGUGAGUUGUCUGUAGAUGAACACAGCUCGUCCUAUGCCUCGUCUCACUCUUCUGACAGCGAAGAUGAUGACAUGGACAUCAAGCCCAAGUGGAACAAUGAGAGACAGCCUCUACACAGCACACCCAAAGGGCCCAGCAUCGCACCCAAAGGUAGCCAUCCAUUUCUAAACCAAAACACCCCUCACCCUAACGGGUACCUAUCAGUUACCCGAAACAUCCAUGGUCUCACUGCUCAGAAAGCACUGCAGUUUCUCUCAUUUAGCUUUUUAUUCAUUCUUAAUGACUCACUGAUAAGAUGACAUAAGUCUUUAGAAUACAUUAUAACUGGAUUAUAGUGCAUUAUACCUGCAGACAUAUUUUUUAUUUACUGUGGUAUGGUAGUACUACCUACAACCAAAGUUCUGAUUGGCUCAUAUUUCUUCUUCCUCUGACCCUAGUGGAAGCAGUGUCCAAUCACGUGAAGCCUUACUGGCCCAAGGAGGCGACGACAGCCAGUGACAGCGAGGAUCCUGGGGGUGCAGAACGGCUGAGGGUGGAGACCAAGGUGAACGUGGAGCUGCACCAGGAGAACAAACUCAACCAUGUAGGAGAGAGAGGAGAGACACCCCAGGACAGGGAGACCCCCACUAGGGAGAACGGACCUCCCAGUCUACCCUCCAAUGGACCUUCCAAUGGGCCUCCCAGCACCCACCAGCCUGAGCCGAAGAAGGGUGAGAGAUGUAGACAUUCCUUAUUUUAUUUUUUUAUUUUUUGUUGGUUGGUUUGUGUGUUUGUUUGUUUGUUCAUUCACUCACUCGUUUGUUUGUUCAUUCAAAUCAUUCAUCCAAGCAUACAAUAUAUUGGCCCUGUCUUUAUCCAUUUGUAAAAGUUUUGUUAUUACACCUAAAACAAAUCUAAAGAUUCUGUAUUCUUCCCAUCUCAGGCAUCCUGAAGAACAAGAUCACGUACCCUCCUCCCUUGACCGACAAGAACAUGAAGAACCGACUGAGAGAGAAGCUGAGUGACUACAACCCUCCCACCAUCUCCUCCUCCAUCCCUCCCCCCAUCAUCCCUCCAUCCAAGACCCCCUCCGUGGCCUCCAACGACGGGGUGCGCCCCGUAUCUGUGGGCAACAGCAACAGCGUAAUCAUCAAGCCGCCGAUCGCCCCACGGCCACAAUUACCACAGAAUGGGGGCGUGGAUAUGAGCAUGACGGCGAUGACGACCAACGGAGGCAACGAAUCAGACUCCGAGUGGGUAGUCGCGUGA